UUUGAACUUGUAUACUUGAAAUUGCAAGAAGAGAGGCUCAGCGGCUUCCGCCCGAUCCAAUUUUUUUGAUGUUGCACACGUGCAGCGCCGAGGGAAUCUUGCCACAAGCAGAGAGUGACCCGAUUGAUGCUUCGUGGUGAUCGUCGGCGUGUAGGAGCGUUGUGAUCGCAGUGCGUGGUGGCAGUUAGGGGAGGAUUUCGAUUUCGAUUUCGCAAGUGUAUGGCACCAGCAGCUACAAAAAGGAUCAGCUUACCUUGCGGCAAGAUCAUUUCUCAAGUGACUACCGUGCAGUGCGGAGCGGCAGCAGCGACAUCGCAACAUCGCAACUUUAUUUACAAACAAGGCACAACACCAAAUCAAAACCCACAAUACACAAUGGCCGUACAGGGUCAGAGAUUUAUGACAAAGACUCAACAUUACCGCAAGGUGACCAAACCCCUUCUGGAGCGCAAAAGACGCGCCCGGAUGAACUUGUAUCUGGACGAACUUAAGGAUCUCAUUGUGGACACCAUGGAUGCGCAGGGCGAGCAAGUCAGCAAGCUGGAGAAAGCGGACAUCCUGGAACUCACCGUUAACUAUUUGAAGGCGCAACAGCAACAGCGAGUGGCCAAUCCGCAAUCCCCAGCACCCGACCAGGUUAACUUGGACAAGUUCCGGGCCGGAUACACCCAGGCUGCCUACGAAGUCUCACAUAUAUUCUCCACGGUUCCCGGCCUGGAUCUCAAAUUCGGCACCCACCUGAUGAAGCAAUUGGGUCACCAGCUCAAGGACAUGAAGCAGGAAGAAGAAAUCAUCGAUAUGGAAGACGAACCAGUAAAUCUAUCCGAUCAAAAACGCUCAAAAUCUCCGCGAGAAGAGGAUAUCCAUCAUGGCGAAGAAGUCUGGCGCCCCUGGUGAAGGGCAUUCCAUAUACUUGUAUACGCAACCAAUUAACAUUGAUAGCUUUACCACUCAGUUUCAUUGAGAAACCAUCCAAGUUUUCCAAGGUCUAGUGUAAACAUUUGCCUCAGAAUCGUAUUUAGCUGGUAGUUGAUUUGAUAUGAUGUGAUGUUCCUGUGAUAGUUCUUAAGUUCGUAUUUUGUAUUUGAUCUCCCAUAGGCUUACUGAUUCACGUAUUUAAUUCAUUGUAAAUUAUUUCAUCAACUUUGCAAGAGCUUCCCCAACGAGCUUCCAAUUAUUAUCAUUAAGAACAC